AUGGGCUGGGGCCAACAGACCAGCUACGUUAUUGCCUUCUCUGCUGAAGGCGCCACGGAUGUAACACGACGAUACGUCCGCAGAGAAAGAUGCGGAAACGUUCGGAAUCGCUGCCCAGAGCCCGUUUUGGUCUACAUACUCGAUGAGAUCAACCGCUUGCGGCAGGGGCAGCUAGAUGUGGCCGCCAGAAACCGUCUGAAACUGGAAGCUCUCCGAGAGCAGCAGGAGCUUCAAGAGUCGAUUGUAUCUGCCAUUACCGCUGACUUCCUCUCGUCCCAACGAGAACCCGCAGCCCGUGGAGCGAGAGCUGGAGAGCCAGGACCCAAGAUUCCCGAGGUAGAAACAUGUUGCGCUUAG